CUCCUCUGUUUUAUCACAUGCCAUUAAUACAAAUAUUUUUGCAUAAAAAUAAAUACCCAUCUCAUUUUUCUAUGUAAAAAAAAACAAUUAUAUGGUAGCCAUUGACAUAUUUAAACAUUACAAAUUCAUAAUGACAAUUUAUUCUAUAAUUUGGCUUUGAAAUCUGGUUAUUUCAGUAUCUCCAGCAAAAAUUAAAGGGAAGCAUUUGGAUGGAAUUAUUUGCGGAAGUUAGACUAAGGUCUUAGUACCUUAAUAGGUACUAUUAGAAACUUUUGCAGGCGUCGUUAUAGAAGGCGUCGUAGAGCCUUGAAGGAUGGAUCUUGUUAGUUCACUUCUUGCAAAAUUUUGUCCUGAUUUUCACAUUGGCUCCUCCAAGCUUAAUCGUUGGUACUUGUGACUAUAUAACUUUGAACCAUGAGAAGAUGUUAGGAAACUUCUGCCGUGGUCUCGGAUGGCCCCAAGACAUUCCCGCCUUAUCUCCAGACGAUCUCAUGGAAAAGUCAUUUUUAUCGUGCUCUUGAUACUAGUACCGAUUUUGCUCUUUGGCAUUUACGUUCAUUUCCAUAAGAUCUCUUAUUUCUUCCGCCCACUUUGGGACAAACCUCCACCUCCAUUCAAGCAUUUGCCACAUUAUUAUGCUGAAAAUGUUUCUAUGGAUAAUCUUUGUCGCCUACAUGGAUGGACUCUACGUCCUGAACCACGUCGUGUAUUUGAUGGAAUCAUAUUCAGCAAUGAGCUAGACUUGCUUGAAAUUCGGUGGCGUGAGCUCUAUCCCUAUGUUACGAAAUUUGUCAUCUUGGAAGCCAACACAACUUUUACUGGACUUCCAAAGCCAUUGUACUUUUCUAAUAAUCGAGAACGAUUUGCAUUUGCUGAGGAUAAGAUUGUACAUGGUGUAUUCCCUGGCCGGAUUGCAUCCCCUGCGUUACAUGAAGAUCCGUUUAAACUAGAAGGACAACAACGCAUCGCAAUGAACAAAUUACUUCAUGCUGCUGGUAUCUUUGAAGAUGACCUUCUCAUUAUGUCAGAUACCGAUGAAAUCCCAAGCCACCACACUAUUAAACUACUUCAGUGGUGUGACGGUAUGCCUCCCGUGAUGCAUCUUGAACUUAGACAUUACAUGUACUCUUUCGAGUUCCCUGUGGACUAUAGUAGCUGGCGUGCCAGUGUUCAUAUUUACAACAGGUGGACGAAAUAUAGACAUUCCCGCCAAUCAGAUAUUAUACUUUCUGAUGCAGGGUGGCAUUGCAGCUUUUGCUUUCGGAAUCUGCAAGAUUUCGUAGUCAAGAUGACUGGCUACAGUCAUGCAGACAGAGUUCGACGUACAAACUUCCUAAAGUAUUCUAGGAUUCAGAAGCUCAUAUGUGAGGGAGAUGAUCUUUAUGACAUGUUACCUGAGGAGUAUUCUUUUCAUGAAUUGAUCAAGAAAAUGGGAUCAAUACCUCGAUCAGCAUCCGCGGUUCAUCUUCCAACACACGUCAUUGAAAACGCAGGUAAGUUCCGAUUCCUUCUCCCAGGAGGUUGUCAGCGAUCACCACGAUGAUACUUACACGGUUACUUAGACCUUAGUGUUGUCUUUUCACUCAAGUUUGCAGAUGUUUUAGCUGUCAUAUGUUGAGUUUUUUUCCCUUCUUUGUAAUGAGAAAAAUAGGUUUUUUUACCUUUUUGCCUAUACAUGUGAUACACAUUUUACAUCAAAAUGCUUGUCAAAUGAAAAGCAUUUUUAGUUUCUUGGAUA